UUUUAUAAUCCAAACAUACUUUACUAAACAGCAUAAAUAUCAUCAUCCUUACCCCAUUCUUUUCCAUCCAAAUUAAGUUCCCAGAAGUAGUUUACAUUUAAGAAGAAGACAGGAAAAAUGGCUUCUACUCGGGAGACAAGACAAAAUAUGGAGGUGAUUAAAAAGAAACUGUUCAGAAGUGCCAUGCAGGGUAAAUGGGAUGAAGUUGUGAACAUAUAUAAGGAAAAUGAAGAAGUUCACAUGGCCAAAAUCACAAAAUCAGGGGACACAGCAUUACAUGUAGCAGUUUCUGAUGACCAAGCGCGUAUUGUGGAACAGCUACUACUCAUUAUCCGGGGUAAAGCUAAGGUCAAGGAGGUUCUCAAGAUACAAAAUGAGCGAGGGAAUACCAUUCUCCAUUUAGCAGCAUCUAUGGGGAGCAUGGAGAUGUGUAAGUGCAUUGCUGAUGCACUCCCGGACCUGAUUGGCGCCCGCAACCAUGACAGUGAGACUCCUCUCUUCUUGGCUGCACUACAUGGGAAGAAAGAAGCUUUUAUUUGCCUCGAUGAAAUAUGCGGAUUGGAUAAGGGCAACACUUACUGUAGGAGGAAUGAUGGUGAUACCAUUCUUCAUUGUGCCAUCGCGGGAGAAUACUUUGAUUUGGCUUUUCAAAUAAUUAGCCGGUACAAGAAUCUUGUUAACUCCGUAAAUGAGCAAGGAUUGUCGCCUCUCCAUCUCCUGGCCACCAAACAUUCUGCUUUCAGAAGCGGGAGUCAUUUUCGAUGGUUCACCAACAUCAUAUAUCACUGUAUAUUUGUUGAAAAGCUUAAGGAGGAAACAUUCAAGCAGGAGGAAGCUAUCGUAAAAGCUUUUGAUGAAGAAAAGGAUCCUCUAUGUCCAGAGAACUACCAAACAUGCAUCAAUUUCCUCCGAUUGCCCUGGUCGGCCUUGACAAUACUAUUUGAUCCUGGAAACCGUCCAAACACAAAUCUUGAGCAAUCAGAUCAGAAGACUACCAAUGCUAAUACCGGAAAAGAUCCAAGAACUGGUGGGCAAGCUGAUCUGGAGGAUCCCAGUGGAAACCAAUCAAACAUGAAGGCGAAAGGAGAACUGCAGUCACAAGGGCAUCAACUGAUUCCCUCCAAUUACCACACUUGCUUUAAUAUAAUCAAGUUUGUAUUCAAGGCAAUAUUAGUAAUUCUCGGAUUUGGAUUUAAGGCCGUAAAGAAGGUACGGCAGAAAAAAGAGAAGCACGUAUGGGCUGCACAGAUCUUGGAUGAACUUCUUUGUCAUGCUUCUUUUUAUGAGUACGAAGAUAAUGGAAGAAAUCCUCAACAACCAUCACAGAAGAAGGAUGCUGACACAACACCUUAUAGCAUCUCGGAUGAUCAUGGUGUUUCUUUUGACAACACCUUAGAAAGUCAGCAUCUACCGGAAGGCACAGCAGCUCAACCUUCUUCAGCAGCUAAUCAACAGGGUGAAGAUAAAGGAACUCCCGCUGAUCAAAGCUCACCAGAAGCUCAGCGAAAACAGAAUGACAAUGGUAAAAAUAAGAAAAAUGAACAAGAUAAGAAGAAACCAUCGGAAAUGGAGAGAAAAGAGACAUCCUUAUUAGUUGCAGCAAAGAAUGGUGUGGUGGAAAUUGUGGAGAGAAUUCUAGAACUUUUUCCAGUGGCCAUCCAUGACAAGGAUUACCAAAAAAAGAACAUUGUGUUGUUGGCAGUGGAGUACAGGCAACCCCAUGUUUAUGAGCUGUUAGUCAAAAGAAAAGUCCUCAAAGACGCCGUGUUUCGGCACGUGGACAGAGAUGGCAAUAGUGCACUACAUCUGGCUGCAAUGCUUGGAGAGAAUAAGCCUUGGCUUAUACCUGGUGCCGCUUUGCAGAUGCAGUGGGAAAUAAAGUGGUACGAGUUUGUUAAGAGGUCCGUGCCACAACAUUUCUUUGUACGCUGCAACCAGAAGGGUGAGACUGCAAAGGAUAUCUUCACCGAGAAACACAUGGAUCUUGUCCAAGCUGGUGGUGAAUGGCUGUUCAAAACCUCUGAGUCAUGCUCCGUGGUGGCAGCCCUCAUUGCAACCGUGGCCUUUGCAACGUCUUCCACUGUGCCAGGUGGGGUGAAAGAAAAAGUUGGAACACCAACGCUAGAAGACGAGCCGGCAUUUGACAUUUUUGCUAUAUCUUCUCUUGUCGCGCUUUGUUUCUCAGUCAAUGCUGUGAUCAUGUUUCUUGCCAUUCUAACCUCUCGAUACCAAGAGAGAGAUUUUGGUGUUCUGGUGGGUACCCAUUCAGCUUCCAGCAUGUUUCUCGUACAUGAUGGUCACGGUCACAAUAAGAGCAAUGCAAAGCCCCCAGGCUUCGUUGCUUCUCCUCUUGUACAAUGGAAGAAUUUUCGCAUCUACUUGCCAAGGAAACUUCUAGUAGGCUUGACAUCGCUCUUUGUGUCCAUAGCUUCCAUGCUAAUCUCUUUCUAUGCCGGACAUUACUUUGUCCUUAUGGAUAAACUGCAAUACACUGCCAUUCUUGUAUAUGCAGUAACCUGCUUUCCAGUAAUCUUCUUUGCCGUGGCACAGUUUCCUCUGUACUUCGAUCUUAUGUGGGCCACUUUUAAGAAGGUGCCACAGCGAAGCUACAAGGUGGCUCCUCUCUAAUGUUUUGCCUUAUAUAGAUUUGACUUCGUUGUUUUGGGCUUGUGGAUUCCAUGUUUUAGCGGGUGGUGUCUUCUUAGUGAUGGUGAGAAGAGAUUUUAUUGAUAUUAUGUUUAUGUACAAGUGUCUUCUUCUAUAUUAAAUGUUAUGUGAUUAAAUGAUAUGAUGGACUAUUGAAUUUGUGGUUACAA